AUGAAUCUUUCAGACGUGCGCAUCCGAAAACAAAUCGGAAUCGUCAUCUCGGCGCUGGCCGAAGGAACCAAGUCGCACGUGCCGUACCGUGACUCGAAACUGACGCGCAUUCUUCAAGAGUCGCUCGGAGGAAACUCGCGGACUACGGUCAUAAUUUGCGCGUCGCCGUCGCACUUCAACGAGGCGGAGACCAAGUCGACGCUGCUUUUCGGACAGAGAGCCAAGACGAUCAAGAAUGUGGUGCAGGUGAACGAGGAGCUGACGGCCGAGGAGUGGAUGCGCCGAUACGAGAAGUAG